AUGAGGGGCUUCUUUCUCUUAACAUUCUACUGGGACCUGCUGAUGUUGCUUCUAAUGAUGGGCAACUUGAUCAUACUGCCGGUGGGCAUCACUUUCUUCAAGGACGAGAACACGCCGCCGUGGAUCAUUUUCAACGUGGUCUCCGACACGCUCUUCCUGGUCGACCUGGUUCUCAACUUCAGGACCGGCAUAGUCAAGGAAGACAGCACGGAAAUACUGCUGGACCCCAGGGCAAUCCGCCAGCGCUACCUGAAGAGCUGGUUCCUGGUGGACUUUGUGUCGUCCAUACCGGUAGACUACAUCUUCCUGAUGGUGGACCUGGAGGCCCGCCUGGACUCGGAGGUGUACAGGACGGCGCGGGCGUUGCGCAUCGUCCGCUUCACCAAGAUCCUCAGCCUGCUGCGACUCCUCCGCCUCUCCAGACUCAUCCGCUACAUCCACCAGUGGGAGGAGAUAUUCCAUAUGACCUAUGACCUGGCCAGUGCCAUGGUGAGAAUAGUCAACCUGAUCGGUAUGAUGCUGCUGCUGUGCCACUGGGACGGCUGUCUGCAGUUCCUGGUCCCCAUGCUACAGGACUUCCCUACUGACUGCUGGGUCUCCAAAAACAACAUGGUGAAUGACACUUGGGGCGUGCAGUACUCCUACGCCUUAUUCAAGGCCAUGAGCCACAUGUUGUGUAUUGGCUACGGUGCCCAGGCUCCAGAGGGCAUGACGGACGUGUGGCUCACCAUGCUCAGCAUGAUCGUGGGCGCAACCUGCUAUGCCAUGUUCAUCGGCCAUGCCACCGCACUCAUCCAGUCUCUGGACUCGUCGAGACGGCAGUACCAGGAAAAGUACAAGCAGGUGGAGCAGUACAUGUCGUUCCAUAAGCUCCCUGCGGAUGUGCGACAGAAGAUCCAUGAGUACUACGAGCACCGCUUCCAGGGCAAAAUGUUUGACGAGGAGAAUAUACUGGGAGAACUCAGUGAACCACUGAAAGAGGAGAUAGUCAGCUUCAACUGCCGUAGCCUGGUGGCCAACAUGCCGCUGUUUGCCAACGCCGAUCCUAACUUUGUGACCGCCGUGCUGACCAAGCUGCGCUUUGAAGUGUUCCAGCCCGCAGACUUCAUCAUCCGCGAGGGCACCGUGGGGCGCAAGAUGUACUUCAUCCAACACGGGCGGGUCAGCGUGCUCACCCGUGGCAACAAGGAGACCAAGCUGAGCGACGGGUCAUAUUUCGGAGAGAUCUGUUUGCUGACACGUGGGCGGAGAACAGCCAGCGUCCGUGCCGACACCUACUGUCGUCUGUACUCCCUCAGCGUGGACAGCUUCAACGAGGUGCUGGAGGAGCAUCCGAUGAUGAGGCGGGCCUUUGAGACGGUGGCUGUCGACCGACUGGACCGCAUUGGCAGGAAGAACUCCAUGCUCCUUCGAAAGUCAUCGCAGGGUGGUUCAGUAGCCGGGGGCAGUAUGGGUCGUGGAGGAGGUCGCGGUGGAGGGGGUCCGGGGGCAGGGGGAGGCCUGGCAAUGGGCAGUUUGGGUUCCUGUGACAGCAUGCUCGUACAGCAGAUUGUCAAACACGACAGCAUGCCUGCCAUGCAGGAAGCAAUCGCUGUUGCCGCAGGUAGAGGUGCGGCCAUGGGAGGAAGUGGAACGGUGUCUCCAAGGCCCCGGCCUGUGAUUUGGGCCCCCCUGGUCCACGCGCCCUUGCAGACCGCAGCUGCCACCACCAAUGUAGCCAUCGCUCUCAUGCACCAGCAGCAGCAGCAGCAGCAGCUGCAGCAGUUACAACAGCAGCACACGCUCGGGGGAGCCAUAUUCCUGCCCUCUCCUCUUAUCUCACCCUCUCCAUCCUCCAAUUUCCCUCUCUCUCCACCCCGUGCCCCUGUGCUACAGCCCCUGCGUCCCUCUGUGAGCUCCCUCAUCGGAAUGAUGGGGGUGGGAGGGAUGGGGGGCCUAUCUCCGAGAGGUGGAUUUCCUGCUUCCCCAUCUACCAUGGGCCUUCCUGGGUCACUGGCAUCACCGCCUGUUGCUAAAACGCCACCCACCCAAGCCUCCUCCGUACCCGCUUCUGUCCAGCUAGGAAGGACACUUCACUACAGCCUGCGCCUCCAGUCUGACCAGCCUUUGGCAAUCGGUGGAUCCCCUGGGACCCCAACGGGAGGAGGGGCUACAACCUCCCCCCUCCAUAAAGUACCCGCAAGCAAUGUCGCUGUUGCCUCCACCACCCCAUCAGAUGGUCAUGGUUCUGUGCCAAGCCAGGCCAGGGCGAAGGAGGCACUGUUACGCCAUGGAGGAAGCGGCUCACAAGGUUUGCCUGCUCUGGGCAGACUCACCCAGGAGGCCAGGCUGCUGUCUGCCUCGCAGCCCACCCUGCCUCACCGCUCUUGGGUCAGCGUGCAACCACACCCUCCUCUCCACCGGAAAGCAUCUGGUGGAAAUUUGCUGUCAACCCCCUUCCUGGCAGGGCAGUUAGCUAGGGGAGGGAGCGCCGGUGUCUUGAGCUCCAAUGCUCCGGUGCAGCAAAUGCCAGUGCCACCAUUCAAUGUGCCAACACAAGCACAAACCCAAGGCCCUGUCCAGGUCUCCGUCCCACCAUCCAUUUCUGCACCUGCUGCCACACACACACAAUCUGCCCCUCCCUCUUCCUCUUUGCCCACACACAUGGCAACACAGGCACCAUCUUCAGCUGCUGUCCUGCCCUCCUCUUCCUCUCCUAAGCAGACCCCCAUAUCCUCUGCCACCCCAUCUCCUGCUCCCACGCCAUCUUCUCCCACCCCUGUCUUCUCUCAGACACCUCGCCCAAAGCCAAUCCCUUCAACCCCCUCCCGUUCCUCCUCUCCUCCUCCCUGCUCCACCCCUCCCUCGGCCGGGACCAGCCCGCUAUCCCUCACUUCAAUCCCCCGCCCCAAACCGAUCCCAACUCCUUCACCCCGCUCCACCUCUCCCUCUCCGUCCUCCACCCCUACACCCAUCCCACUCCCACACACCUAUGGAAACAAGUCCUCUCUCACCUCCUGUCCCUCUCCGUCCUCGGGCUCCCUCACCUCCCCCCCAACCCAUCCCCAGAGUCCCCGAGCCAAAGCCUCCAACACACCUCCCUCUCCUUCUCCAUUGUCUGGCUCCAUCCCUUUCCCCUCCCCAGCCGCAACUCCUACCCAAUCCCAGUCCCACACCCGCACCCCGACACCCUCCCAAACUCCUACCCAGACUCUCACCCCAGCCCUCUCCCAAACUACCACCCCCACCCAAACCCUCUCUCCCACUCCUUCUCUCUUCUCUGUUAAUUCAACGGUUCCUGCUCAGAGCCUCACCCCGACUCCAGCCAGUCCCAUGGGCUCCUCAGUGAGUAAACCUCCCUGUCCUUCCCCUAUCCACCCCUCCAUUUCCAGCCCAGCCAGAUCCCCGACUUCAACCUCAAGCUUUACCCCUACCCAGACCCAGAAACAACCCCCAGUCCAAGCCCCCGUUCCUGCCCCAACGCCCACUAGUUCACCUUCUCCUGCUAAGAUAGCUUUCUCAGUACAUCCUGUGAAACCCAGCACAGGUGCCCUCACUCCAAGCACCUCUUCAAGCCACGUCGCAAAACUGACCCAAGCGGUGACCUCGGCCUCGACAACCCAAACCCCAGCCACAACUGCUACUAACCCCUCUAUUACCACUGCCACCACCACCACCUCUGCCACCACUCCCAAUAUCCCACCUGCCUCUGUCCAUUCCUCAAAACAAACCCCAACAACCACAGCAGCCCCGACUCAGUCCUCUAAACUCAACACCCUCUCUAACCCCUCGCAGACCCACAAAGCAUCCACUCUUCCACCCAUUCAGCCAGCACCAGCUGUAUCUCUUCCCCAGGCAGCUUGCCCCACAGCCACUGCCACCAAUGCCACUUCCCCUAAGGGGGGCAAGAAGGACCUGCCCCUGUCCCGGAAAGACUCAGAGGGACUGAGACACAAACUGCCUGCCAACAUGUAAGAAGCCGACUGCUCUGAAGGAAAGAGGGUCUUGGUCGAAUAACAAACUUGAUUUGCGGGCGGAGCUGGUCAGCAGGGCCGUGGAUGUGCAGAGUUGUAUCUGUCUCGGUCGGCACCAGACAUUUCAUAAGCCACCAGAUUCUCACGUGGACAACUGCAUUUUGUUUGCAUUCACUUUAGAACGUGAUCGUCUUAGAGCAUCGGGUGUUAAAGCUGCAACAAGGAGUUUUGGGAUUUCUGUUGACUUCGAGUGCCCCUGUGGAUAAACGCUGUGGUGUCUUGCAUAAAGCAUUGUCUCUUGUGGCAAAGAUCUCCAUUCACCCUCCGGUAGCUGGCGCAUUUGUUUUGAAGAGACUAACGAGAGAUGUGACGGUAUUUUGGAAAGGGAAAAAAACAGCUGUUUGCAAGAUAUACAGCCGUGAGGUAACGUAUCUCUAAUUGCAGCCGCGUGCUGUAAAAGAUUUUUGGCAAAUUUUGCAGGGAAUCUGACCUGGAGACAAGCGUUCAGCAUUAUUGAAUAGCAAUAUCCGAUCUCCACCCAAGAGGGUCUCAUUUGAUUUUCUAUGGCAUAUGGAGGCGUCGAAGUUAAAUCGAGAAAGGGAUAAAUAAUCACUGAAAAACUCCUCAUAGCAGCUUUAAUGUUCUCAGUCUGUUUAUUGGGGCAGGCUAGAGUAGAAUCAAACACGACAUCCACAUGUGUACGCACAUAUCUGUGUUAGUGAUUGGUGGAGCAAGCGGCGGAGCUGAAGCGGCAAUUCGGCAGAGCACAGAAGGACGCAAUAGCCGGGGGAUGAAAACGACAGAUUGCUGUUCGGAGGAAGGCCUGGUGUUAACUUCAAAUGCAGGCCAUUGAAAAGGCACUUCCUGGGUUCCAGCCGCGCCUCCCUCUUGCUCCCCGUUCUUCACCGCGGUGUAAUAUUUUCUCAUCCGAAUAAUAAUUAUAACGAUGUAGAGUUUAAUAAUUACUGUAAAGUUGAUAAUCAUAACAGUCAGAAUUAUUAUGAGCAGUCCACUGGUAGUUUUGUUGUCCCAGGUGUGUGGUGUUUAGCUCUGGAGCAAGACAAACUCUUAACCCUACAUGUUCACGCUGAGAACUACUGUAAAACGAAUUGUGCUUUUGUGUGCGACACUUACUACUGCUCCCCUGUGCACUGUGGCUAUGGGUUCCUUUUGCUCCACCUCGCUCCUUGUAAAUAUGUGCCUCUCCGCCCGUGUACGCUUCUUCAUCCCGCUGAUUCUUCCUCUUCUAUCUCGGUUUGCGUCACUCGCUCUCAUCUCAUUUCAGAGCUGUGGUUCACUGUUGCGACGAUACACACCCUCACCCUCUCUCACGCCCUUCUACAUAAGGCCAUCUCACUUCUGGUCUGACUCCUCUCCCGUUGUCGCUCAACGGCACCAUCUUGACGCCACUUCCAGUGAUGUUUGAUGUUUUGUGUGGAUAGCAACAACGCAUUCCUGUCUUAAGCCCAGAUACCAUGUUGCCUAGACUGUAUAUUUAAGGACCAAAUGUUUUAUUUUUUAUUUAUCACAGCUUUAGCUUUUGAGCAGAACAAACUAGCUAAUGAUGCUAUUGAAGGAAGAAAAAAAGAUGACCUUGAUGACGGCAGUGAAGAGGAGAAUGAUGAUUAUGUUGACCAUGAUGAUUAUGACGAGAUGAUGAUGACUGAUGAUGUUGUUUGGUGUAUAUCCGGUUGUAAAAAUAA